CGUUCGAGAAACAAAAUGUGCCUAACGAAGAAAUGCAAGAUUGAAGAGCAAUACCUCUUCACCAUCUUUGAGGCGAUCAUUUCGACGCUGGAAUCCAAACUGCAAAGGAUCGAAAACUUAGAUAAGGCCGUUGAGCACCUGAUGCGAAGGGUUGAAGGCUUGGAUUCGCGCGUGACGGAUAACAUUGACAAAACCGAAUCUGUUAUAUCCAAGUUGAGGUAUUUAGACUCGAAAUUAUUUAACAGCGCACACCCGAGAUCCUUCGAUGGGCAAAUGCUCAUUCGAGAAGCCGAGACGAACGACGUGAGUAAGCGGCUCUCGUCCCUGGAUGAUAAAGUAAGUGAUAUCGAUAGUAAGUUGAGCACGUUAAAGAAUCAGUUGGAUAACAAUGUGCCGCUUGAAGACAUCAAUGCGGAGGCGAGCGAGAAAAGGACGGUCAGUAUGAACGUUGUGGAGAUGACGAAGGCUUUAAAUAGCGAGGUUAUGGGCCACGUUAGCAAAGAACUGGAUCAGCUUAGGUCAGCAACUACUACUGUGGAUCGAAAACUUCAGUACCACUUUAACUCAGUCACAGAUAACCUAAGCAAACUAUUGCGGAUGAUAUCGGAAGUACACGAAGCGAUCGUAGAGCCUGAAGAUCUUCCGAUCAGGUCACGCAAUCGCACGACAACAACCCCCAGUCCGCCUAUUGCAAGAAGUAGCAAGCUCGACUCGCUCGUCAAGCAAAUGAAGCCUAUCAUUAACGUAUCCGAAAAGAUGGACGAAGUUUGGGACGUCGUUGUUGGUACGAAAAGCUCAGUGGAUGACCUGGUUCCCAAAUCCGACGAGCUUCUGACGCACACCCAACGACAAGAGAGGGCAAUCGGCGAAAUCCAUAACGAUUUGAGGACGAAAGCGAAUAAAAUCAUCGAAAACCUGGAUAUGGUCGAAAGGAGGCUGAAAAAGCAGGAAGAUGACGUGGCCACCCUCGCACAACGACCAGUUCCGGCGGAGCUCCUACUUGAUCCGACAAUCGACCGGCUAGUGGAAUACAAUCAAAACCGAUACAGCGUCGAAGACUAUCCAGCGCAGACGGACACGACGCUUCCACUGACCUACACCACCUUUCAGCCAAUCACGAUCACGCAAUCCUCCACCAUUACUCAGAGCAUGCCACCGCAGACGUCCACGCUCGCGUCUGGCUCCGGCAUGGAAAAGCGUGGCGACAAACGAAAGGGCGGCAUCAUCUUCCCCAGUGUAAAAAAUAAGCCGGCUCCGGGAAAUACGACGUUCGCGACCGAUUCCGUCGUGAAUUUUAAGGACGUCAAGAUAACAAUCGCAUCGGCUUUAUUUAUUCGCAUGGUAAACCUGCUACCUCGAAUGUGUCACAAAUUAUAA